GCAAGGCAUUAAGGCAGUGCAGAGCUGCUACAGCCGCUGGAAUGAAGCAUCUUCUGAUCACACUGUGGCUGUGUGUGGCAGUUUGCUCAGCCUACCCAGUGAAUGGCGCUGCGAGGAGAGAGCACAGCAGCAUGGAGCUUCUUCAGCAAUAUCUGGAAAACUACUACAACCUCUCAAAAGACAUGAAACAAUUUUUUAAAAGAAAGGACAGUAGUCCUAUUGUUAAAAAAAUCCAAGAAAUGCAGAAGUUCCUUGGGUUGGAGGUGACAGGGCAGCUGAAUUCUGAUACUUUGGAGAUGAUUCGCAAGCCCAGGUGUGGCGUUCCAGAUGUUGGUCAUUUCAGCACAUUUCCUGGCAUACCAAAGUGGAGGAAGAACCACCUUACUUACAGGAUUGUGAGUUACACACAGGAUUUACCAAGAGAUGAAGUUAAUUUUGCCAUUGAGAAAGCUCUGAGACUCUGGGAGGAGGUGACCCCACUCACAUUCUCCAGGAUACAUGAAGGAGAGGCUGACAUAAUGAUAUCUUUUGCAGUUAGAGGACAUGGAGACUUUGCCCCCUUCGAUGGACCUGGAAAUGUUUUGGCUCAUGCCUAUGCACCUGGGCCCGGGAUUAAUGGAGAUGCUCACUUUGAUGAUGAUGAGCUAUGGACAAAGGAUACAACAGGGACGAAUUUAUUCCUGGUUGCUGCUCAUGAACUUGGCCACUCCUUGGGUCUCUUCCAUUCCACCGACACUAAGGCUUUGAUGUAUCCACUCUACAACUCCUUCACAGACCUGACUCGAUUCCGCCUUUCUCAAGAUGAUGUGGAUGGCAUUCAGUCCCUCUAUGGACCUCCUCCUCCCUCUCCUGCUGAACCAGAAGUGCCCACUGAAUCUAGUCAAUCAGAGUCUCAGACACCAGACACAUGUGAUCCUGCUUUGUCCUUUGAUGCAGUCAGCACCCUGAGGGGAGAAAUCCUGUUCUUUAAAGACAGGUAUUUUUGGCGCAAAUCCCUCAGGACCCCUGAACCUGAGUUUUAUUUGAUCUCUUCAUUUUGGCCCUCCCUUCCUUCAGGAGUGGAUGCAGCUUAUGAAGUGACUAGCAAGGACACUGUUUUUGUUUUUAAAGGAAAUCAGUUCUGGGCCAUCAGAGGAUCUGAGGUGCAAGCAGGUUCUCCAAGAAGCAUCUAUACACUGGGCUUCCCAGCAACAGUGAAGAAAAUCGAUGCGGCCAUUUCUGUUAAGGAAAAGAAGAAGACAUACUUCUUCGUGAAGGACCAGUACUGGAGAUUUGAUGAGAAGAAACAGGGCAUGGAGCCAGGCUUUCCCAGAAAGAUAAAUGAAGACUUUCCAGGGGUAGAAAAGGUUGAUGCUGCCUUUGAAGCAUUUGGGUUUUUCUAUUUCUUCAAUGAGUCUUCACAGUUGGAAUUUGACCCAAAUGCAAAGAAAGUGACCCAUACAUUGAAGAGCAACAACUGGUUUAAUUGUUAAGAAAGAUGUAUGGAAGGCACAAUAUGGGCAUUUAAAAUGAAGCUAUGAACUUUUUACCUAAGUCAUUGUGAAUUGAAGCUGUUGAUUUUCUCCUGUGUGUGCAGUGUCAGAACUCCAGUUGAGCUUUGUAUCUUGCUGGUCACCUUCCCAUUAUUA